UGAAGGUGAACAAAAGUCUUGUAGUAACGACACGCUGGCUCGUCAGGGGGGAGUUUGGAUAGGCGAUUAUACUGACUGAUGUUGUUGGUAGUUAUCGGCUGUUGAAUACGCCUGUAGCUGUACUGUCAGUGCCACGUGUGGGAGCACUAGAAUAAAACGCGGGGAGGGACGGCACUUGCUAGUUUACUGAUGCAGAGACGUAAGAUUGAUACUCAUUUAGGAAAAAGAACUACACGACGGGUCGGCUGUUCCCCCACACUAAUAAAUAAUUAGGUACACAGUAAUAUUUCAGUUUUGGUUCGUGUCCGAGCAUCGAUUUUGAAGAUGAAGAUAUUAAAAAACUCGUAGGCUUGUGACUUUUUUUGGAAGCAGAGGUAGGAAUGUGACGGCAGGGCAACUUGUAAUAAUCUGUGUAAGAACUUGGCUUUCUACGCAAAUCUAUCAUGCAAAAUUGAAGUUUCAGUUUGCUGUUCGCCUUUCCUCGUCCGCAAACGCCUAUCUAUCUUUCUUUACCAUUGUCAGUCUACAUGUUUGUUUCGGGACCACGAAGUUGUUUUGACAGCUCAGAUUAUCACUCCAGCUUUAUUUCAGCAACACCUGUACAAAAAAGCUUGCCACUCGUUUCUCCUGUACCUACUUCACUGUACUUUAUUCUUUUCGAUCCUAACGUUGGCUCGCUGUAUUCGUGGAUUUUAAGUUUUACAAUGUAGUUUUUUUUAUACAUAUACUUCUUAGGUUGAAUUUGAUUGUUGAUUCCAUUCUCAUGUUGUAUACCAUUCCAUUGCCACCUCGCGCCAGAGCAAAGUUAUAGCAAACAUUUUUGUCAUCGCAAAGAUUGAAGAACAAAGCAAACUUUUUGUGACCUUGAAAAAUAUUCCAGUUCUUAAGUCUGUGCCUGACUGAUAUAAUAUCAACAGGAGGUGGAGGUCCCGUUGUAAUUUCUCAGAGAUAUUAAACGUAAACUAAAGACAGUACUGUCUAACAGCGAAGGUAAGGUCAAAAACGAACCAUGGGCGCUCUUUCGAAGGCAAAGCUGCAGGCCAGCAAGGCGAAGAGUUCUUGUUCUUCGAGUUCGCAGCAAAACACGAAGAGACAGCGUAAGGAGGUGAGGAAGCAGGAAAUGUGCGUUGAAUGCGGCGAGUACGUGUCUGAUUUGAAGCAGCACCUCCAGCAGAGACACGGCCACGUGUGUCCGUUCUGCAACAAGCGGUUCGGCAACAAACUCGGGUGGCACAACCACGUCCGUGACUACCACAAAGCGAACCCCAAGCAGCUUGCGAAAGCCAAAAUCGACGAUUGGCUGUUGAGUAACGAAAGGAGUAGAAGUUGCGGCAAGAACCUCCUGCUCUGCCCAAAAGUGUCCAACUCCUCCUCAAACGGCAGAAACUCAUCUUCUUCUAAAAUGCUAUCCCGCAACAACUCUACCGGCUCGGCAGGGUCUGCUGCGGAGGACCAGUACCGCCGCGGACGCAACAUGAUGAUGUCCUCCACGCAAGGCGGCUCGACUGGUAAAAAGAGACGAAGUUUGAGUUGCGGCGACAAGAUGAACGGGGCGGGAACGAACAUGGUGCAAGAUGAAAAUCGCGACAAUAAUUACAGCUCCAGGACCACCUCCUCGCUCUUCGGCGCUGCACCAUCGUCGCCAAGUAGUAGAACUGGUGCAAGGGCGGGACCUUCUCAUCCAUCACAUCCUGAUCAACAUCUGAGAGGCGGUGCUGGAGGCGGUUCAUCAUCAUCCUCGUCCAACAUGAUCAGUGCCGGUCGGAACAAGGAGAACAAGAAACCCCCGGGCGGCAGGCAGCGGAGGAAGCUCACCCGGCAAGCGUCUGUUUUCUGUCAGUACGCCAACACAGUCGGCGCGGAGUCCGGGGAGGACAGCAACAGCUUCGUCAGGCAACAGGUGAAGAGAGAAAACCUGUACAACGGGUCGGCGACGACCGGGGCGGGUUCAUCGUGUGCCUCUUCCUCCAGUUCGGCAAGAAUCUUCAGUACAACCGACCAAACGCAGCAAGGCCCGCUCUUCCGCGCAGCGACCACGGGCGGCGUAGUUGGGAACAGUACUUCUUUUGACGCGUUUCAUUCUCGAGGUGGAGCCACGCAAGGACCGAUGUUUCCGCUGCAAGGAAACAACUUCCUGCACCCGAACUCGCUCUCCGGCCCUCCAAUGAAAUACUACCCCAAUAACCCUCCUCCGGCUGGCACGGUGAACCUGCUAGAUCCGCCAGACUUACAGCAACUGUUUGGCGCGGCGGGGAGCUCCUUCAACCAGGGCGGCGCGUUUGGCACAGGAGGUGCUGGCGCAGCAAACAACCUCCAGCAUGCCGGGGUGAUCACGCCGAAAAGUACGACGAGUUGUCACUUUAUGCAGGAUACGGAGUUCUUCUCGCAGCAAAGUCACGGUUGCAGUUCGAGCAGUGGGAUUUCCUCUAAACUUCUGCGCUCUGUCUCCGCCGGCUGCCCUUCGAGUUGUACCACCACCACGACCAGCUCGCUAUUCGAACAGUGCUUGAGCUCUGCUACUCGCUCGCACAUUGGCAACGUGGUGGAGGAGGAGUUGUCGAAUGGCAGCUUGUUUUUGCAGCACACGCGGUCCGUCGAGGGCAGCUACACUUCCUUUCCGGCGGCCGGGGGAUCAUCUGCAGGAGGAGCGGGUUAUGAUACCACGACCGGGUCGUUUGCACCUGCUGGGGGCACUAGUAGUGCGGGAGCUCCUCCAGCACUACUCUAAGCACUACUCUAAUCGCAAGUGUAGGUGGCACGAAUCACUCUGGACGCUCCGCUGCGGUUGGAGCAGGAGAACACAAUGAUGAUGAUCUGUAGAAACGAAUAUGUUGAUAGUUGUACUACAGGUUCUUGAGCAAGUAGUGCUGAUGUUGAAAACAACAUACUUAUUUGAAUCCUCACAUGCUUAAAUAUGUUCCGUGGAGAUCAUUUGUUCAGAUCUCGUCAAGCCCCGACAAUGUUUGGAUUUGCAAUUAUUCAAGAAAAUGUGGAAACAAUUUGUCAUUUGUUCGAAUCACGUCGGCGACGCGACCCAAUUUUUUGCGAUGGCAGAAUAGAAUCCAUAUCCAACUUCCAACGCCGGAAGAGUUAU